CUUUUAUUCGCGCGCAAAUCUCGCUUGUUACUCACGCCACGCGCUCUGUAUCAUCGUCACGUUUUGACUUCUCUUCUCUCUCUCUCACGACGUAUGACAGAGAUUGAAAAUUCAUCGCAACUUUUGCGUCGCAGCCUCAUAAUCUACUUUUUACCGCAUAAGAUUCUAGAUCGACAGUCGCCCUUAAGCUGCAACUAUGGGUCAACCAUCCUUCGCGGCGUCCAACGCCCUCAUCUACGUCACUUAUGGACUCUUCCUGUAUGAACUCUGCGCAGCUCUUCCAAUUUCAACACUCUCUAUCGCUGCUGUUUUCCCUCGCUCCUAAAGAGUGUAUGGUACUAACGUUUGCGCAGUAUCACCGGUACUGCCAUUGCGUGGAAGUUCCGCAAUCAGUCCAAGGGAGAGUUCCUGUCCGGAAAUAGAACUCAGACGGGUCAGGAACUCUUCCCCUUUGCAGCAUGAGAAUGAGAGUGAGAGUGUGUGUUUGAUGGGGUCAGAUGAGGCUGAGCCUCUUAUACCUGACCGCGUCUGCAACACUUGGCUCAUUUGCUUUGAUUUGCAAUCAACAUGCUCUGCUCUCAUUCAAACCCCCAUAUGUGUAGCAAACUAACACACUCCCCGCAGCCUUCCCCUUGGCCCUCAACUUCAUCGCCUCUGGUGAGUGAAGAAGACGCGGGCGGUGUAGCCACUGCGCUUCUUAACCCGAUAGCAAAGCAUCUUCUUCGAGAAAGAAGAGCGGCAGAACGGCACGGAAAUCAGCAAAGACUACGAGACUACGUUCCCACGAACCGCACAGCACCACGCAAGCCUACAGUAGAUGAUAUGAGAUGAUCGACUUCUCUAUCCCCGAUUCUUCUCAUGAAAAGAGUAAUCAUGAAACGAAUGGCUACGGGCCGGGAAUCCAAUCGAAUGACUGACAGGCAGGUUCGUAACCCAACAACUAAAGAUCAACAAUUACUCCCCGACUUCCAUAUCACCCCACCCCCUUUUUCCUGAUAUCAUCUUCUGGAUUGGCGGAGACAAGCCUACUAACCUUUCUGGCCACCACGAGGCACACCUCGAAUGUGGCCAGAAUACUCUGUGGAAAACCCUCCCCCCUUCUGAAGAUGUCAUCAGAAAAAAGGGGGUGGGGGGAGAUGAAAUCAUCGGGGAUGCGGCUCACUACGGGCGCGGAUUUGAAGCAGUCGCCGCGCAUCCACCCUCUUCCGUUCUCAUCGUCUCAAAAAGCUCCUUCUCGAGGGGCCUUCUGAGACGACUCAACAGAAGAGGAGAUGCCGCGAAAUGUGGAAAUGAAGCUGAGAUUGCACCGUAAUUACUCGAUCAAGUUAAUGCUUGCGUGGGAAACGUGCUGCCGCUCCGAACAUCUCUCCCCCCUCCCCUCCCCCUCCUUCUACCUCGCCCCGAUGCCUCGUGAAAUACUAACACGCACAACCCAAGCCCUCGGCUCCGGCAUCCUCUUCUCCUACCCGGAGCUCGCCACAAUCACCGGCGUCCAGGGCGUCCUCGUCUACGCCCUCUCGUCCUCUCUCCCGCUCCUCAUCUUCGCCGUCCUCGGCCCCGUCAUCCGCCGCAAGACGCCCGAGGGCUUCGUCCUCACGGCCUGGACGAGGCAGCGCUACGGCACCGUCGCCAUGUUGUAUCUCAGCUUCAUGACCCUCGUCACGCUGUUCCUGUACAUGGUCGCCGAGCUGUCCGCCAUCGGACAGGUCGUCAACGCCCUGACGAGUCUGGAUGGUCUGCCCGUCAUGAUUGUGCAGUGCGUCAUCACCACCAUCUACACAUCCCUCGGCGGUUUCCGCAUCUCCUUCUUGACGGACAACAUCCAAGGCGCAAUGGUAAUCUGCCUCAUCAUCAUCGUCGCAAUCACAAUGGGCGUCAAAACCGACAUCGACACCUCCCUCAUCGAGACCUCAGGCCUCCUCAAACCAACCCUCCUUGGCUGGCAACUCCUCUACAUCCUCCCCAUCUGCAUCCUCACAAACGACUUCUUCCUCUCGGGCUUCUGGCUCCGCACCUUCGCCUCCAAAACAGACAAAGACCUCCGCGUAGGCGUCUCCAUCGCCGUCGUCAUCAUCCUCUGCAUCCUCACCAUGGUCGGCGUAACCGGCCUCGUCGCAGCCUGGUCCGGCGCGCUCCCCCUCGACCAAAUCGCAGACAGCGGCUCCAUCGCCUUCUUCCUCCUCCUCCAACAGCUCCCCGCCUGGGUCGUCGGCAUCGUCCUCGUCAUGGUCUGCACCCUCUCCACCGCGGCCUUCGACAGCCUGCAAUCCGCAAUGGUCUCCUCCGCCUCAAACGACCUCUUCCGCAACCGCCUCAACAUCUGGUGGAUCCGCGCCGGCGUCGUCCUCAUCAUCUUCCCCACCGUCGUCAUCGCCCUCAAAGCCCCCUCCGUCCUGCAAAUCUACCUCAUCUCCGACCUCGUCUCCGCCUCCGUCAUCCCCGUCCUCGUGUUCGGCCUGGUCGACCGCUUCUACUGGUGGCGCGGCUUCGAGGUCGUCGCCGGCGGGCUGGGCGGCAUCCUCACCGUUUUCCUCUUCGGUCUCGUCUUCUACGACGGCGACGCGCAAAAGGCGGGCAACCUGCUCAUCAUCUCCGAGGGCCUGUACGCCAACGACUGGAGCGUGUUCGGCGCCUUCGUCGCCGCGCCCGUGGGCAGUUUUCUCUGGGGGUUCGGCGCGUUGGGGUGCCGGUUGGCGUUCCAGUACGUCUUGGCCAGGAAGAGCGGUCGCCGCUUCGACGCGCUCGAUCGGCCUGUCGGGCCCGGGUUCACGCCCGAGGCGGACGGCGCCCCACGCUAUGUUGAGAGGGACGAGUAUGAGGCCAACUCCGAGGUCGAGGUCAGUAAGCCCGCUGGCAAGUUCUUCUAA